AUGGUGUAUCACGAUAACAUUCCCAAACCUAAUGUGUCUCAAGUUGUUUCACCUCUCGUAUCUCCUAUGGUAACUAAGGUGGUAGAUAUUCAUGAGCAUUUUGAAAAUGAAGAAGAGAUUGAAUUUCAUGACGACAUGUUGCAUUGGAUUCGAACAGAGACAAUGAAACUAGGAUUUGGUGUUGUGAUUGGAAGAUCCGAUAAUGGUACGUCUAGAAGAAAUGUAUCUAUGACUUUGACAUGCGAAAGAAAUGAGAAAUAUAUUUGUCGUAUCCAAAAACUGAAACACGACGACAACGGUUCAAGAAAAUGUAAAUGCCCGUUUAAGUUGCGUGGUUAUCAUUUGGCAAAUAACAAAUGGAGAUUUAAUGUGAUAUGUGGUUUACACAACCAUGAUCUAAGUCAAAAGUUGGUCGGUCAUCCAAUUGCAUGUCAACUUCUUUCGGAUGAGAAGAUAUGUGUAUUUGACAUGAAUUUGAGCUUAGUACCGCCCAAGAACAAUCUUGCACCUUGA